CUGGGAAAGCGGCCAAGCCAUUUCCCUCAGCGCGUGGUGGUGAUCCCGGAGCCGCGCGAGCCCGCGGUAUUGCCGGGAUUUGGGGGGGUGUUUUGGCCGGGGGGGUUGCGUUCCGCUGGCUCCCCCCCCUUCCCGACCCGGGACCGGCCAUGGCGUUGAAAGCCAGAGCUCUUUACAAUUUCCAGAGCGAAAACAAAGAGGAGAUCAGCAUCCAGGAGAACGAGGAGCUCGUCAUCUUCAGCGAGAACUCCCUGGACGGGUGGUUACAGGGCCAAAACAGCCGUGGGGAGACCGGCCUCUUCCCCGCUUCCUACGUCGAGAUCCUCCGCUCCCGCUCGGGCUCCAACUACACGGACUAUUCCAGCAGCCCGGUCGGCUCCCCCGGGCACGAUUCCUCCUUGUACUCGGCAUCCCCCAACCCCGGCAUCUCCUACCAGGGCAGUUUUGAGGAUGACGAUGACGAUGAUUGGGAUGACUGGGACGACACGUGCACGGUGGUGGAGGAGCCCCGGAGCGCGCCGGGCACCAACGGGCACCCCUCGCCCAGCCUGCCGUGCCCAGCGGCCUAUGGCCACCACCAGCACGCCGGCCACCGGCCCAAGCCGGCUCUGGAGAGGCAGGACAGCAUGAGCUCCUCCAAGAGGGGCAGCGUGGUGGGCAGAAACCUCAACCGCUUCUCCUGCUUCGUCCGCUCCGGCGUGGAAGCCUUCAUCCUGGGCGACGUGCCCCUGAUGUCCAAAAUCGCCGAGACCUACUGCAUCGAGAUGGGCUCCAGGGGCCCGCAGUGGAGGGCCAACCCCCACCCGUUCAUCUGCUCCGUGGAGGACCCCACCAAGCAAACCAAGUUCAAGGGCAUCAAGAGCUACAUCUCCUACAAGCUGACGCCCAGCAACUUCAACUCUCCCGUGUACCGGCGCUACAAGCACUUUGACUGGCUCUACAACCGCCUGCUGCACAAGUUCACGGUGAUCUCGGUGCCGCACCUGCCCGAGAAGCAGGCCACCGGCCGCUUCGAGGAGGACUUCAUCGAGAAGCGCAAGCGGCGGCUGAUCCUCUGGAUGGAGCACAUGACCAGCCACCCCGUCCUCUCCCAGUACGAGGGCUUCCAGCACUUCCUCUGCUGCCGCGACGAGAAGCAGUGGAAGCUGGGCAAACGCCGGGCGGAGAAGGACGAGAUGGUGGGCGCCAGCUUCCUCCUCACCAUCCAGAUUCCCACCGAGCACCAGGACCUGCAGGAUGUGGAGGACCGCGUGGAUGCCUUCAAGGCCUUCAGCAAGAAGAUGGAUGACAGCGUCCUGCAGCUGACCAACGUGGCGUCGGAGCUGGUGCGCAAGCACGUGGGGGGCUUCCGGAAGGAGUUCCAGAAGCUGGGCAAUGCCUUCCAAGCCAUCAGCCACUCCUUCCACAUGGACCCUCCCUACAGCUUGGAUGCCCUCAACAACGCCAUCUCCCACACGGGCAAGACGUACGAGACUGUGGGGGAGAUGUUUGCUGAGCAGCCCAAGAAUGACCUGUUCCUCAUGCUGGACACUCUCUCCUUGUACCAAGGGCUCCUCUCCAACUUCCCAGACAUCAUCCACCUGCAGAAAGGCGCCUUCGCCAAGGUGAAGGAGAGCCAGCGGAUGAGCGACGAGGGCAGGAUGGACCAGGAGGAGGCGGACGGGAUCCGCAAGCGCUGCCGCGUGGUGGGCUUCGCCCUGCAGGCCGAGAUGAACCACUUCCACGAGCGGCGCGUGGCCGACUUCAAGAGGAUGAUGCAGUCCUACCUGAGGCAGCAGAUCGUCUUCUACCAGCGCGUCAGCCAGCAGCUGGAGAAGACGCUGCGCAUGUACGACAACCUCUAAGCCUCGUCCCGCUGUGCCCGCAGCCCCCAGGGCUCCUUGGGGCCGGACGGGAACUCAUCACGCUAGUGACCAAAUGACUUUGGGCUUUCUUCCCCCUUCCCGGGCUGGCAGGGAGGGGCUCGCCCGCGGGCUGGCCGUGCCGCCUCUUCCUUUCUUUCCCUGGGGACCUCCCCCCCUGCCACAGGUCUGGCGGGAGCGUGGUGGGUCACAAGAGGGACAGGUGGGGAGGUAACGGUGCUGGGGUCUCUGCCCAGUGAUUUUUAGCUUUCUGAAAACCCACUCUCCUGGAGCUGGGUGCAUCCCAGCCUGCUGGGAGAAGAAAUCUAAGCGGUCGACAUUUUGCACACUAAAAGCUUUUCUGAUGGAAAAAAAAAGAGAGAAGAAAGGAGAUCUUUAUUUGGAAGAGAUUUUUUUGUUUGUUUGUCACAGGAUAUUUUCAAUAUUUUCCAUUUUUCUGCAGCAUUUUUACCGAUCAGUUUUUAACUAGAUGCACAGAGGCAAAGGGAAAUCUCUUUCUCAAGUAUGGCUGCUGACUGGGAAAAGGGAGAAAAAAGGAAAAAAAAGGGAAAAAAAAUAGCCCCACAGCCUUUUCAAUAAAAUCAUUGGUAGAAAAAACA